AGUCAUCAAAUCAGCUGUGUAUCACACACUGGGAACAUGUAACACAACAAAUGUGCGUAUUUAAAUUAUCGGUGUGAAAAUGUCCACUGAGACAAUUGAUAAAAAAACAACUAAAUGUUUAUGAUAAAUUCACGUUGGAAGAGACAUGGCGCGUCGGAGAAGCAGCGGUAUCACGAGCCUGGGGUUUAGCCAGGACCAAGGCUGCUUCACUUGCUGCCUAACAUCCGGCCUACGCGUUUACAAUGUGGACCCACUUGUUGAGAAGGCACAUUACAGCAAAGAGGAGCUCGGCGAGGUGUCACUCUGCGAGAUGGUGUUCCGCACGAACUGGCUGCUAGUGGUGCGCGCGCGCCGGCCCUGCUGCCUGUUGCUGCUUGACGACCAGCGCCGCGCGUUUAGCGCAGAAGUCACCUUCAAAUCUCCCAUACGAGCGCUUAGGGCGAGAAAAGACAAAGUGGCAGUAGUUCUGUCGUGUAGCGUGCAAGUGUUGUCGUUGCCGAGCCUGCAGCGCGUGGCUCUACUGCGCACGCCGCCCGCCGCGCCCGCAGCUCGCCCGCUCUGCGCGCUGGCCAGCGAUCCCAACGCGCUGCAGAUACUCGCCGCGCCCGCGCACCGCAAAGGCUCACUUCAACUACUAGACGUGUCUCGCGCAGUGAAGGGCGCGCAGUCAAGCUCGCCAGCAGUAGUGAGCUGCCACCAGUCAGAGGUGGCCUGCCUGAGCGUGGCGGCGAGCGGCUGCCGGCUGGCCACCGCCUCACGCCGCGGCACCAUCAUCCGCCUCUGGGACACCACCACAAAGCAAAUGCUGCACGAACUGAGACGCGGCUCCGAUUACGCGGAUGUUUACUGUAUAAGUUUCAACGGGGAUGCGUCGCUGGUGUGCUGCGUGUCGGACAAGGGCACGCUGCACGUGUGGGCGACGCGCGGCUCCGCUCGACAUCUGUGCUGCGCCGCCGCGCCCCCGCACCGCGCGCUCUGCGCACUCAGCGACGACCGCACCGCCGUCGUGAUAUGUGAAGACGGAACUUUUCAUAAGUUCACGUUUUCAGCUGAAGGUAACUGCCAUCGAAACGAUUUUGAAUAUUUUUUGCAGGUUGGCGACGAUGAUGAGUUCCUGCAUUGAUAUUAACGUAAAUUACUUAAAGUUUGGACUAAGAAAUGUUAUCGCGUAAGCUAUGAUUUGACAAAUUUGCAAGUCAACAUAAAGCCUCGUUUGAUGAAACUUUUUUACUAUCGUGCUAAAUGUGUGAUAUAAUCUGUGGUAUUUUGCUACUGCGCAAAAAUGUUGCCAUUGAUAAAUAAGGAUUAAAGAUGUGCAGGGUCAAAAAAUAAUUUUUAAUAAAAUUUUAAAACGAAUGCGAAAAUCUCUAAAUAAUUAAGAAAGUAUUUAUUGUCUGUUUACGAAAAAUGCACAAUAUUAUUAACGAUUUUAAAAUUAAUUAUUCUAAAAAUGUAAUUAAAUUAAAAUAGUCACUCAAAAAAUUAUUUAAAUGUUGCCACAUUUUUUAAACACCUACAUCAAUGUAAUAUCGAUUUUCUUCUUUUAAAUAUAAAUUGUAUACACCAUCUUUACUUAACCCACUAAAAAAAAUCUCUUUUCCAUAAUUAGUAGACUUAACACGUCCACUGCCGACUAGCAGGCUUCUUUAUUU